AUUUCACCCAGAAUUAGUCUCUACUUAUCAUCUCUAAGCAUUGCCUCAAUUCACCAAGAAAUCCCCUGUCCCGCCCCGCCCCAGUUGCCAUGGUUCGCAAGCGAUUUCAAGAAGCCAAAACAGGUUUUGCGAUGCUGAAAUCAUUCAGUACUGACAAAUUGACGAGGAGAAUGGGGAUAGGAAAGGAGGACCAUUAUUUCUGGAAACAAUGGACCAAGGCAUUGCUCUUCUGCUACACAGUGGGCGGCUUGGCAUGGUGGUAUAAUGAGACUUCGCCAUUGGGGUGGUUUACGCUGAAAAUUAAGCCCAAGGAAGAGAGAGAGAUGGCGCAUCUCUAUGAGCGCCGGAAGUUUCCGUAUCCGGGUGAUGAGGAAGCCAUGGAAGAGUUCAUUGCAAAGGGAGGGAUGAUCGGUACAACCAUCGGGCCCAAGGGAUUUAUCGAGUAUGAAAAAGAUGCUUAUAAUUAUCAGAAAGUAUUGCAGGACGAGAAGACGGAGCAGGAAGCCCUCAAGCUGUGGAUGAGGAUGAGGAAUGAAGUCAUCUCUGAACUCCAGGAGAAAGGGUUUGAUGUCGAAUGAUCUGAGGUGCAUCUAAUAAUUUGCUUAUAUAUAUAUAUAUAAAUUCCAACUGUUUCUGAGUAAUCUUCCCUUGUCAAGUUUCUUUAUUUUGUGAUUGAUGAUAAAUAGUGUCAUGUAUUGGAAGUAUACUUGCAUUUAUAAAUAAGUUGAGAGGUUUGCUUUGUUAGCAGUGACAUCGUUUAGCUUUAAGCAUUUGGGGGUUUGUAGGUCAGUUGAUGCACUUCUUGCGAUUUACCUCCUUUACCUGGGUAAUUGGCUUUUAAGUUCGGGGUCAAACUUCUCGGGUGAUUGGCUAUUAAGUUUGGGGUUCAAACUUAUGUAUUGAAAGUAUUGGAUUUUGUGAUUGAUGAUAAGUAGUGUCAUGUAUUGGAAGUACUUGCAUUUAUAAAUAAGUUGAGAAGUUUGCUUUGUGAGCAA